UUCAUUGAAGUCUUUUACGGCUUUUAAAUCGCUGAAUUUGAGAAGACGUAACAGAGUUGAACAUAUAUGUAUCUAAACUCAGAACAGGAGUAAAAACACGAAGCUGUCAGCGCUCGUUUAUUGCUGUAAAUGCAGUUUCGCAGCUCGCUCCCGUAAAGCUUUCAUUGUUGACGUUGUUUUGUUGUACUGCGUUUUACGCAAUAGGACGUCUUAGCCAGUUAACUCGGCCUAGUCAUUUUUUCACCUUCCGAAAAUUACUCUCGACCUGAGUUAGUCUGCCUCGGUUCCGAAUGUAACGCCUUUGUUCUUGUUCUUUUAUCGACGUGACUUUCACUGUACUUUCCUUUGAAGUUGUACAAAACGUAAAGACUUCGACAUUUGUGGCGUUUCUUUUUAUUAUGACAACGGCCAGUAUUCCGCCAUUCUGCUCUUCUAAAUACCUUUAUCCGAGUUUAUUACAUUGGUUUCCACUUGUUAUUUAAAGUGUAUAUUCUCCGUCCUUUUCUGAACUGAAUGAAUGGACUUUAAAUGCGCAUGCGCGCUGGACCUGGACGUUUAUAAACAAGGCAUCGUCACAGGACAAUAGUGAUGUAACAGUUACAUCAUGGUUUGGGAGGUGAAAAAUCCACCUCUUCCAUCAAGCAACUCCCAUGAUUGCAACAUGCAACAGGCUGACCAUCAGACUCAAUACACAGGAAGAAUGAGCGCUGACGGGGACCAGGCUCAUGAUCCGCUACGCUGUGACGAACACUUCCUCUCCUCCCCCGGGAUCCCCACCAGCGACAGCUUCAUGGAAUAUGACGACCUGCCAGACCUCCAGGAGGUUCGGGAGGAACUAACGGUGGAGCCCGUUUACCAGGUGGAGCUUGGUGUGUCGCACCAGGAGCGGCCUCAGCCUCCAGAGACGCUUUGGCUCACACAGCUGGCUCACAUCGCUACGGGGCCCCAGAGCCCGCUUCUACAGGACCUGCCUCACAGCAGCUCCUCUGCAGUCUGCAUCCCCAGCACUAGCAGUGAUCUACACACCUACGCUCGUCCUCCACCUACUCUCCAGAUCAGCUCGUCGCCCUCUAGAGUUCACAGCAGGGAGCGACAUCGCAGCAGGACGAGCAGCGAGUGUGGCUCAGUCGUAUCAACCAGGUCCUCCCUGUCUGAUGAUGAGGACAUGGGCUGGAGUUUCUCCUGUCCACCCACAGUCUGGCACUGCUUUCUAAAAGGAACUCGCCUGCGUUUUCACAGCGGCUCAUGUAUGAACUGGCAGGAUGUUGAGGACAUGGGGUCUGGUGAAGAACACUGUGUCGAUGAGGAGCGCUCAAGAUUCCUGAAGAGUUAUGGCUCUGAGGGCCUGCAGCUGGUUGAGCACGAAGAAACUGUGUCUUGUGGUCAGGCCGUCUUGCAGCUAACCUUUGACCCUGGCGUAUUUGGACAUACGCCAGUCACGGCCCGGUGCCAACUGGAUCACCCUUUCUAUGUCAAAAACAAAGGAUGGUCCUCGUUUUACCCAAGCUUGACUGUGGUGCAUUAUGGGAUACCGUGCUAUGAAAUGGAAGUGGGUGAUAUGUGCCUGCCUCCUGGACACCGGGAUGCUAAGCAUACGGAUGAUUCGCUAGUGUUUGACACAUUUAGAAGUUAUGACUUCACUCCUCUGGACUCCUCCGCUGUUUACCUGCUGAGCAGCAUGGCCAGACGCCGACAUGCCUCACAGUCCAGCGGGGGCGCCGUUUCUCCCGACAGAGACACAAAGCGAGAUAGCCACAGUCCCAGCCAUUCCCUCUCCAAACAUCCAAAGCCAGCUAAAGCGCAAGCUAGCAGCAGUGCCUCGCCCAAUAAGUGCAAGCGGCCAAUGAACGCCUUCAUGCUGUUCGCCAAGAAGUUCAGAGUGGAGUACACGCAGAUGUAUCCCGGCAAGGAUAACAGAGCCAUCAGCGUCCUCCUGGGCGAGCAGUGGAAGAAAAUGCGAAGCGAGGAACGCCGCAUGUUCACCCAGCAGGCCAAGGCGCUCGCCGACGAGCAGAAGAGGCUCAACCCCGAUUGCUGGAAGCGCAAAAGAACCAACUCCCAGGGCUGUCAAGGAAAUCAAAGCUGAACCGACGAAGCGUGUGGGACUACACGCAGUCGGAGAAAAAAAGGAUUCAGUACCACAUCCUGCAUUGAGCUUAUGUGUUUAUGAGACACACAGCUGCUCUUGCCUCGAAGCAUGUUUAAAACAAAAAAAGUUAGCGUACCUACCGAUGGGUGUGGUGUCUCCCCGAACCACAGGUUUUAACUUUGAGUGGCGUUCCUCAAUUCACAAAAUGUGAUCUUGUGAAAACAGAGAGACUGUGGGUAAUCUCAGCGUCUCUCUUUAUGCUUGAACCAGGUGGAGGUUGUGGUGCUGUAGCAUUUUAGCCAAAGCAGUGUAGCCAAUUUCUCUAAAAUCUACGCCAUAAAAUAGGAUAUAUGCAAUGUAUUUUCUUGCCUGUACUAUUUGUAUUUAAACUAUGUUUUAUUGCACACAAUUAUAUGAUAUGUAUUUAGUGUUAGCCUAUUUUAGCCUUGCUUUAAUGCAGCUUUAGUGCAUAAUGUUCAUCUACUAAACAAAUUCACACCAAACCUAGCAUCAAUUCAUUAACACUUAAAGGGAUAGCUCGGGAGUUUUAAUCCAAGGUUCUGCUGGAGAGUUAUCUUACCUGCAACAGAUAACACGCUUUAUUUAGUGUGAGACAACAACAUUAGCUGAUCUCAGAGGCUAAUGCUAAUGUCUAGUCUAAGAGGGGCCAAAACGAAGGCCUAGAAGAACUCCAAUCUCAAAAAGGCCUUGAGCAUGUAAUCUAUCUUUCCACUCAUUGGCUGUUUAAAAGAACCCGGUUAUUAUUAUUUAAGCUGAUAAUUAUCAGCUUGGAUGCGGUGCGCCACCUAUUAUCGUUCUAUAUGAAACAUAUCAUUUUGACUGACAGUGAACAUGUGAUAUAAAAGUAAAACAGUGAAAAUAUUACAGGUUUUUUUUCUGGAACGUUAUUGUAUUGCAGUGUAAAUAUUUGGAAAUACAUUUUAAAUUAGCUUUAGCCAUAGCAAUUGGACUAAAAAGUGGUGAAUUUUAGUCAUAUUCAGGUCAUUUUAGUUUGACUGUAGCAUUAGCCAACUAAAUCUUCCCAAAAAUAUCAUGAAUGAAGUCAUAGAGGAAUGCGUUAUUAAAGACCUCUGACAUAUUUGGGAGCAUCAAUUCUUUACCCUGAGGUGAAAUUUGUAAUCUGGAUUGAAUUCACCUGGUGAACUUUGCCAUAAACAGACAGCCCUCCUCUCCUCCAGCUGUUAGCUUUAGCCUCCAGUACCAAGAAAUUCAACUUUCAACUAAAGAAAGACACCAAGAGGUAAGACAUUAACUGCUCAUAACGCUUCAACAGAACCUCACAUCAACAACCCUGAGCUGUCUCCUUUAGGUUUUCGUUUAAAAGGCAACAUGUGUAGUUGUUUUUUUUUUGUUGUUUUUUUUAUGUAAAUGAGCAACAGUUCUGUUUGAACUCAUCAAACAUUACGAAGCACAUCUUUGAGAACACAUAGAGUGCAUUUCUCUUUUCAACAAACAUCUGCAGAGCCAGACUUUAAAGCCGCACUUCAAACAUCAGAGCGCUGUUGCAGAAAAUGAGCAAAACUGGCACCAAAUCCUACAGGGGACCUUCAAAAGAAACGCUUUACUUCUCUCUGGCUUUUAUUUUGAUAGAGGGAACAGAAGGUUGAAUUUCCUAAAGGAAGUGAAACCAAAAAUUCAUUUGACUUGAUCACCUCAGUGGUUAACUGAAUAUGGUCACAAAAUGUGCCUUUGGUUUUAAUCCACAGGGCCAGAUUUGUGUGUUUAAUCAAAGCUCAUUUGUGUAAAAUAGAAGCCAGAUCAAAUUAAGCAGUUCUUCAUUAGGAUUUGUGUCACUCUGCUCUGUUUGGGGUAUUUUAACCCUCCACAGAUAGUGUUUUAUCUUUUAUUUUGAAAUGUUCCAACCAAAAUCACACCACCCAUUCACAUCAGGUCCAUCUUCACCUUUUAGUUCUAUUCUGUUUGAAUUCCUGUGAGUGAUUUUUGUAUUUUGGAUAUUUCUAGUCACUGUCAGGAAAUUACAGUGAACUCUUUGUACAAAGCGUAAAAAGCAACAACUGGAUUUACAUGCCCUCUUUAAAGAAUUUCUUUUACAGAAAUUUGUUGUUCCAGUGACGCCAGAGGCCGAUUGCUAUUUGCAUUAACUAUGCCUGAAUUUGCAGUUUAAAGAAAAUGAAUUAGUGGAGAAUGAGACAUUUAAAUAAGGGAACAAAUAUAAAAUCAACUAACAUAUUCACCCAUUAGCCCAGCUGGGUUUAACUCAUGAUAGAAUUAAAUAUAUUUUUUAAAUCUUAUGGAAUUGGGUCUAAUUAAAAAAAAAAAAAUCUUUUUAAAGUGUAGCUUUUUUACGCCUUUAAAACCUUGUUAUGCAACGGUUAAGUAGGGAAGUGAAAAGCUAGCGUUAGCAUGCUUUCUACUUUAUUCAAGUUGUGUCCACAGUACAAACGUAGGUGUAUAUUAAUCUAAACAGACUUAUUGUUUAAAAAUAAAAAAUAAAUUUUCUUUACCUUUUAAAGUUGGGUUAACUUCUGCAACAUUUGUAAUUUCAAAUAAAACUUCGUUUUUCUUGGCAGCUAAAGCUAAAAGCUAAUCAGAUUGGGCAAAGAUGGAAGCAGAUUUUUACUCUUAUGUCAAACAGCGCUUCAUCCACAGAAUCUUAUAAAUCUUAAAGCUGACAUCUUUAUAUAAGCAUGCUAAACGAAUGGGGUUUUGCUUUUUUUAUUUGAGUAUCCUAUGAAAGUAUGGCGCACCCGUUUAUUGCAGCUGAGACAAUAAAUCUCAGCUAGUUUAAAAAUUAAAAGUUCAAACUAAUUUUAAUUGAUUGGUUUUAUCGUCACUGUCUCCUGCUUUCAGCUGUAAACUGGUUGAGCUGCGUUUGUGUGCCGUAUACCUGUUAGUCGAUGCCUCCACCUGAGCUUCAUCUUCUCAAUUUCUCCGUCACUCAAUGGCUUUUUCUCUAAUUUUCCGCUUAAAUCACCGUCACUUCCUCAAUAGCUGUCUCUGUCCAGGGUGCCAUUCUGUUUAUAUAUAGCUAUAUGUAUAAUUGAAAACAAUAAUUUAGAAAAUAAAAUAAUUGUGUGCAAGUUCUAAAAAUAAGACAUUUGCUUUAGAAUACAUUUCGUCCUUAACCUUUUAUUUUUGUAUACUGAGAAAACCUUUUUGCUAGAGCACUUUUAUACACACAGACAAUUCAGACUCUCUUAAAAACCUGCAUCGAAAUAGCAUUUAUUAAACCAUAAGUCUUAAAAUACCUUUGACUUGAUUGGAACUCCUUUAGAGGGUGUAUGUAAAUCCACUUCCCACGCAGAGGGUGACGACAUUCGUCCUCUCACCGCACAGUAAGGGUCAUUCUUAAUGCACUUUAUCUUCCGAGACUGCUACAGUAUAUGUCAUGACAAAUAUUAAGAUUGUUAUAGAGAAAAAAAUAUAUUUUUUGUGGUUUGAAUUCAUCUUUAACUUCUUGUAUCCCACGCUUUUGUUAACGCCGUGGCGUCACGUACAGCUUAAUCAGGGGGAGAUGAUGUCAUGUAAUUCAUGAGUAAAAAUAAAAAGCAUGAUAAACCUAC